GCUCCAAGCCACAGCCCACAGGUGCACACGCGCCGCCAUGCACCACCACUCCGUCACCACCGUCCCCGCGGCGGUCACCGCCGCCAUGCUUUACGCGCGCUUCGCCGCCUCCUCCACCCGCCCUGGCCUGCUCCGUCUCUUUGCGCUCACCCCGGUGCUCGCCCUGCUCCUCAUCCUCCCCUUCCUCAUCCAGCUCUACAGCGUCCGGGGACUCACUGCCUUCUUCCUCGUCUGGCUCGGCGAGUUCAAGCUCCUCCUCCUGGCCUUCGGCCAUGGCCCGCUUCACCCUCGCAUCCGUCCUCUCCCCUUCGUUUUCACCGCCGCGCUUCCGGUCAAGCUCCGGCAGCAGGUCUCCAACGACGCUGCUGCUGCUGCUGCUGCUGUCACAGUGGCGAAGCCGAAGACGAAGACGAAGACGGUCCUUCUAUCUUCUUCUAUCAAGUUCGCAAUCAUGGUGGCCAUUUUUCAGCACCUCCACUACUCCAAGGAACGGACACACCCUUACGUCGCUUUCGUGCUCUACGGCGUCAUCACCUACUGCAUCCUCGACUCCGUGCUGCCGUGCCUCGCCGCGACGGGGACGGCAGCACUGGGCAUGGAGCUGGAGCCACAGUUCAACAAGCCAUACCUCUCGGCCUCGCUGCAGGACUUCUGGGGCCGGCGGUGGAACCUCAUGGCGUCGGCCGUGCUCCGGCCAUCCGUCUACGACCCUGUGCGCGCGCGCCUGGGCGCCGCCGCCGGCGUGCUGGCCACCUUCCUCGUGUCGGGCCUCAUGCACGAGGUGGUGGUGUGCUACUACCUCACGCUCCGGGCGCCGACGGGAGAGCUCACGGCGUUCUUCCUGCUGCACGGCGCGUGCGUGUGCGCCGAGCGAUGGUGCGCGCGCAGGUGCAGCGGCGCAAGGCCACCGCGCCUGGUGGCCACUCCACUCGUCAUGGCGUUCCUGGCAGGCACGGCCUGUUGGCUCUUCUUGCCUCCUAUCUUCGGCGACGGCAUGGACGAUCUCUAUAUCGCCGAGGCUGCUGCACUCGCGUCAUCGUUCCGUGAUGUCGGCGCAAGGGUUCUUUUAGUGUUUACACAAGUCGUCGUCUAGUCCUCCAGUCACUGCGUAGAGUCCAACUCGUUGGUGUGUGACCCAAUUUAAUAUCAAUAGAAAGAAUAAUAUUUUUCAUUGCUUAUAGAUA